GGUGCGGAAGUCGCUCCAGGGGUCACUGGGAAGUGUAGUUUUCGAGACAGAGGCGCUGAGAGGGAGAGUCACAGUAGGGCCAGGCACUCUUCUCGGGAGCUUCUACGUGUUUUAUGCACGUGGUUAAGAAAAAAGAGGGAGAAUUCAGGUGCCACAGUGGCCAUUCUCCAGUGACCGGAGCGUGUUCCUCAGAAACGGAUCCGUCAGAGACCAAUGGCCGCUGCCGGCCUUCAGGGCGGGCCUGGUGGCGCCGAGCAUCCUGGGAGGUGUGGUCCGGGCGCGGUGCCGAGGAUUCGGGGUAGUGUAGUCCUGGCGCCCCGCUGGAGGAGCUCCCCAGCUGGUGGCUGGAGCGAACCCUUGUUCUUUGGUGGCGCUGGUUCAUUCCUGAUGCCGUUAAGGAAGAGGAGGUACUGCCCUGCUGGAGUUUGAGGAUUUCCCUUGAUUUUCUUGAACGCUUUUUGUUCUUGUUCUGCCUCCCUGUGGCUCCUGUCUGCCCAGAGAGGACUGCCUGCUGGGGAAAGGGGGUACUCCUGAGCUCCUGACGGCCCAGCUUCAGAUCUACCUUCUGAGAUAUCAUCCUUCUUUAGGGAGACAAGGAAAAAAAGCCACAGGGUCCCGGAGAGCCAGGGGAAUGGUGAGUGUUUCCUGUCUCCAUUACUGGCUGUAACAGGAUGGACACAUUCCCUUCUCUUACCCUGACUGCCUUAUUGGUGCCUAGUAGAGUUCAGCUCCAAUUCCUCUUACUUGCUCCCCUGCCUCAGCAUCACUUUCUGUACAACACAUGACACAGUUAUUCACCUAGUAGUUAACUGAACAACACACAAUUCUACAGUUUGAGAUAGAGUCUGCAUUUCUUUGUUCAGCUUCAAAAGUUCUACUGCCUGAGAGUAACAUCACAGUAAUGGAAUGGGAAGAUUCUGGAAUCUGUGUCCCCACCUAGACAACGAUUAUACUGGCAGAAUCUGUCAGGUGUACCUAUUUUGGAACUCUGGAGUCUAGUUGAAGGCCUCCAGUUCCCAGGGGGAAGGAAGCAUAGAGGGUAAGUCACAGCUAAUUUUAGCUCUUAGUAUAGUAGCAGCUACCUGUCAUCCACCCUGCCAGCCCUAUGGCAGGUAGCUGUCCUAUAUUCCUAGAUCAGCUUGUACAUGGCUUGUGGGAGACAUGGUGGACAAUAAGGACCCCUUACUCCAAAUAUUGAGGAUCUGUGUUCUGAUUGUUAAUUGCUGUUUCUGAUCACAGAGGUGGUCCACUUAAAUCCCCUGAAAGCUAUUUCAGCCAAUUGCAACCUCCCACUGGCUAAAGUGGCUUUUAGGGGAUUUAAGGAGCCAGAGUCUGUUUUCCCCCACUGAAGUUCUCUUUUUCCCCUUUGAGAGCCAAAUAUUUGAGGACUAGUAUAUUGAAAAGCAACUGUGUAGGGGGGAAUGUAGAAGGUAUACCCAUGGAAAGGCACAGGCUCAGAAAACACCUGAGAAGACCUUAAGCUUACACCUCAGGCUGAUUCCUAGCAUAGAGAUACCCUACAUCAAUAUAAAAAAACAAAACAAAAACAAAAAUACAAACAAAAGGGAGACUCUAACAGAGUUGCUGCUUUAUAAGAUUUAAAUGUCCAGUUUUUGACAAAAAUCAUAAGGCAUACAAAGAAUGAGGAAAAUAUGACCCAUUCAAAGGGGAAAAAAAUGAAUAAACUGAAAACAUCCCUGACAAAGGCCAGAUAGUGUACUUACUUAACAAAGACUUUAAAACAGCCAACUUAAAGAAUUAAAGGAAGAUGUGGAGAAAGUCAAGAAAACAAUGUAAGAACAAAAUGGAAAUAUCAAUAAACAGACAGAAAACAUAAAAAUAAACCAAAAAUAAAUUUUGGAUUUAAAAAGUACAACUGAAGAGAAAAGUUCAUUAGAGGGAUUCAGAAGUGGAUUUGAGCAGACAGAAGAAUCAGCAAACCAGGAGAUAGGACAAUUAUCAAGUCUGAGGGACACAGACAAAAAGAUUUAAAAAAAGUGAACAGAGCCUAAGAGAACUAUGGGAUACUAUCAAGUGGAUCAACUAUGCCUUAUGGGAUUCCCAGGAGAAGAGGAAAAAGGGACAGAGAGAUUGUUUGAAGAAAUAAUGGCUGACAACUUCCCAAGUUUGAUGAAAGACUUCAAUAUUAAACAUCCAAGCAGCUCAAUGAACUACAAGUAGGAAAACCUCAAAAGGACUCACACCGAGAAACAAUGUAAUCAAAGCAUCAGAAGCCAAAGGUGACAGGGAUUUUUGAAAGCAGCAAGAGAAAAGCAGCGCUACAUACAAGGGAUCCUCAAUAAGAUUAUUAGCAAAUUUCUUAUGAAAAACCUCUUGGGCCAGAAGUCAGUGGGUUGAUGUAUUCAAAGUGCUAAAAACAAACAAACAAACAAAAAAGCCUGCCAACCAAGAAUUCUGUAUCUGGCAAAACUGCCCUUCAUUACUGAGGCAGAAAUUAAGACAUUCUCAGAUAAGUUGGUGGAGAUUACAACCACUAGACCUACCCUACAAGAAAUAUUAACAAGAGUCUUUCAGGUUGAAAUAAAAGGACUUUAGACAGUUACAUGAAGCCAUAUAAAAAAAUUAAGUUCUCCAUUAAAGGUUAAUACACAGGUAGUAAUAUAAGCUAGUAUUACUGUAACUGUGCUUUGUAACUUCACUUUUUGUUCUGUAUAUGAGACUUAGGAGACUACUGCAUUAAAAAAAAAUAGUCUAUGUUUUUGACCACACAGUGCAUAAAGAUGUAAUUUUGUGACAUCAGUAAUGAGUUGCAGAUGGAGCUGUAUAGGAACACAGUUUUUACAUGCUAUUGAAGUUAAGCUGAUGAGUUCAAAUUCGAGUUUUUAAAGUUUAGGACAUUCAGUGUAAUCCCCUUGGUUACCACAAAGAAAAUAGCUGUAGGAUGUAGAGAAAAGCAAAUGAGAUGGGAAUUUAAAAGUUGCAUUAAAAAAAUCAACCAAAGACAAAGGACAGUAAUACAGGAAAUUAAGAAUAAAAAUCUGUAAGACAUGUAGAAAACAAAAAGCAAAAUAGCAGAAAUCAGUCCCUCCUUGUCAGUAAUUAUUUUAUAUGUAAAUGCUUUAAACUCUAAAACAAUUUGGCAUAGUGGAUUUUUUAAAAAAUGAUCUAACUAUAUGCUGUCUACAAGAAACUCACUUUAUAUCCAAAGGCACAAAUAGUUUCAAAGUAAAAGAAUGGAAAAAGACGUUUCAUGCAAAUAGAAACCAAAGAGAGUAGGAGUGGCUACAUUAAUACCAGAAAAAAUAGACUUUAAAUUGAAAAAAGUUACCAGAGAUAAGGAAGACAUUAAUACAAAAGGUUUACUACAGCAAGAAGAUAUAAAAAUUAUACACAUAUACCUCAUAACAGACCCAUAAAAUAUAUAAAGAAAAAUGGGCAGCAUUAUAGGGAGAAGUAGAGUUUUAUAAUAAUAAUUGGAGAUUUCAGUACCCCACUCUAAAUAAUGGAUAGAACAAUAAGAAAGACAAUAAGUAAAGAAAUAGAAGACUUGAGCAAGGUGUAAAUCAAAUAGAUAUAAUAGACAUAUUCCAAACAUUGUACCAAACAAAAAUAGAAUACACGUUCUUCCCAAGUACACAUGGGACAUUUUGCAGGAUAGACUACUGGUUAGGCCACAAAUUAAGACUGAUAUCAUAAGAAGUAUCUUCUACCACAAGAAGAUGAAGCUUGAAACCAAUAACUGAAAGAAAAUUUAAAAAUUCACAAAUACGUGAAAAUUAAAGAAUAUACUCUUAAACCAGUAGGUAGAGGAAUAAACUACAAGGGAAAUUAGACCAUACUUAGAGUCAAGGGAAAAAGAAACACAACAUAGGAAAACUUAUGAGAUGAAGUAAAGUGCUAGGAGGGAAAUUUUUAGAUGAAAUACAUUAGAAAGCAAAAUCUCCAAGGAACAACCUAAUUUCCAACUUAGGGAACUAGAAAAAGAAGAACAUACUAAACCUAAAGCUAGCAGAAGGAAGGAAAUAAUAAACACUGGAGCAGAGUCAAAUAAAAUAGAGAAUAGAAGGAUAAUAGCAGAAAGCAACAAAACUUAAAGUUGGUUCUUUGAAAGGAUUAAGUAAAUUGCCAGACCUUUAGCUUUAUUGACUAAGAAAAUAAGAAAACUCAAAUUACUAAAAUCAGAAAUGAAAGUGAGGACAUUACUAUUGUUUCUACAGAAGUAAAAAGGAUUGUACAAGAGAACUAUGAAUUGUGUGCCAACAAAUCAGAUGCCCUAGAUGAAGUGGGCAAAUUCUUAGAAUGCAGAACCUAUCAAGACUGAAUCAUGAGGAAAUCGAAAUUUUGAAUAAGUGUAUAACUAGUGAGGAGAUUGAAUCAGUAAUCAAAACCGUCCUGAUAAAGAAUCAGGUCCUCCUGGACCUGAUGACUUUGCUGGUGAAUUCUGCCACACAUUUAGAGAAGAACUAACACUAGUUCUUCUCAAACUUCUCCAAAAAUAUUGAAGAGGAAGGAAUACCGCCUGACUCAUUCUGUGAGGCCAGCAUUACUCUGAUACCAAAACCAGACAAAGACACUACAAGAAAAUUACAUCGUUUAUAACACUGUUGCAAAAAAUUUCAACAAAAUACUAGCAAACUGAAUUCAACAAGCAUUUGAAAAGAAUUAUACACCAUGACCAAGUGGAAUUUAUUCCUGAAAUGCAGGAUUGUUCAACAUACAAAAAUAAAUGGGUAUAUGGCUGGGCACGGUGGCUCAUGCCUGUAAUCCCAGCACUUUGGGGGGCCGAGGUAGGUGGCUCACCUGAGGUCAGGAGUUUGAGACCAGCCUGGCCAGCAUGGUGAAACCACACCCCUACUGAAAAUACAAAAAAAUUAGCCAGGCAUGGUGGCACAUGCCUGUAAUCCCAGCUACUCUGGAGGCUGAGGCAGAAUUGCUUCGACCCAGGAAGCAGAGCUUGCAGUGAGCCAACAUCGUGCCUCUGCACUCCAGCCUGGGCGACAAGAGCAAAAACUCUGUCUCAAAAAAAAAAAAAAAAAAAAAAAAAAUCAAUGCAUAUAAAAUAUCACAUUAACAGAUGAAAGAAAAAAACACAUAAUCAUCUCAAUGCAGAAAAGUAUUUGACAGAAUUUAGCACCCUUUUAUAGAAAAUAACUAGAAAUAGAAGGAAACCACUAUAUAAUAAGGCCAUAUGCGAAAAUCUCACAGCUAACAUACUCCAUGGUGAAAGACUGAAAGCUCCAACAUCAGCAAUAAGGCAGCAAUGCCCACUUUUGCCACUUAUAGCCAACAGAGUAUUGGAAGUAUUAGCCAGAGAAAAUAAGCAAGAAAAAGAAACAAAUGCCAUCUGAAUGGGAAAAAGCGAAGUUAUCUGAGUUUGCAGGUGGCAUGAUCUUAGAUGUGGAAGACCCUAAAGACUAAACACACACAAACCUAUUAGAACUAGUAUAUGAAGUCAACACACAAAAAUCAGUUGCAUAUCUAUACACUAACAGUGAACAAUCCUAAUAGAAAAUGAGGAAAACAAUUUCAUUUAAAAUAGCAUCAAAAAGAAAAAAAUGCUUAGGAAUUAACCAAGGAGAUCAAAGACAUACACUGAAAACUACAAAAUACUGCUGAAAGAAAGAUGUAAAUAAAUGGAAAGACAUCACAUGUUUGUAGACUGGAAAACUUUUUUUUUUUUUUUUUUUUGAGAUGGAGUUUUGCUCUUUUGCCCAGGCUGGAGUGCAGUGGCAUGAUCUUGGCUCGCUGCAACCUCCACCCCCCAGGUUCAAGCGAUUCUCCUGCCUCAGCCUCCCAAGUAGCUGGGAUUAUAGGUGCUGCCACCACACCUGGCUAAUUUUUGUAUUUUUAAAUAGAAAUGGGGUUUCACCACGUUGGCCAGGCUGGUCUUGAACUCCUGACCUCAGGUGAUCCACCUGCCUCGGCCUCCCGAAGUGCUAGGGUUACAGGUGUGAGCCACCGCACCUGGCCAGAAAACUUAAUAAUGUUAAAAUAGUAAUACUACUCAAACCAAUCUACAGAGUCAAUGUAAUCCCUAUAAAAAUAACAAUUUUUUUAAGAAAUAGAAAAAUUCAUAUUAAACUUGAUAUGGAAUCUCAAGGGACACUGAAUACCUAAAACAAUCAUGAAAGAGAACCAAGUUGGAGGACUUACAGUUCCUUAUUUCAGAAUUUACUACAAAGCAACAGUAACCCAAACUGUGGUCCUGGCAUAAAAACAGACUUACAGACUAAUAGAACAGAAGAGAUCCCAGAAAUAAACCCUUGCAUAUAUGGUCAGAUGAUUUUUGACAAGAGUGCCAAGACCAUUCAAUAUGAAAAAGACUAUACUCAACAAACGCUAUUGGGCAAACUGUAUAUUUAUAUGCUGAAGAAUGAAGUUGAACCCUUACCUAACACCAUAUAUGCAAAUUAACUGAAAAUGGAUCGAAGACCUAAACAUAAAUGUGAAAACUAUAAAAUUUGUAGAUGAAAACCUAGGCGAACAUCUUUAUAACAUUGGAUUUGGUGAUGAUUUCUUGGAAAUGACACCAAAACAUAGGCAAUAAAAGAAAAGAAUAGUGAACUUGGACUUCAUCAAAAUUUAAAACUUUCAUUCAUCAAAGGAAGGGAAUAUAUUUGUAAGUCACAUAUCUGAUAAGGGAUUAAUAUUUAGAAUAUAUAAAGAACUCCUACAGCUUAACAACAAUAGAAGAACACCCCAGCUUAAAAAUGGACAAAGUAUUUGAAUAGUCAUUUUUGCAAAGAUAUACAUGUGGCCAAUAAGCACCUGAAAAGAUGUUCACUAUCACUCACAUUAGGAAAAUACAAAUGAAGACCACAAUGAGAUACCACCUUAUACCAAUUAGUAUGGCUAUUACUUUAAAAAACCCCAAAACUAGAAAGCAGUAAGUGUUGACAAGGUUGUGGAGAAAACAGAACCCUUGUGCAUUGCUGGUGGGAAUGCAAAAUGGUACAGCUGCUGUGGAAAACAGUGUGGUGGUUCCUAUAGAAUUGCUGUUUGAUCCAGUAAUUCCACUUUUGAGUGUAUACCCAAAAGAGCUGAAGGGACUCCAACAAAUAUUUAUACUACCAUGUGCAUGGAAGAAUAGCCAGAAGCUAGAAACAAACCAAAUGUCUAUUAACAGGUGCGUAAACAAAAUGUAGUAUAUACACACAAUGGAGUAUUAUUUAGCCUUAACAAGGAAGUAAAUUCUGAGUGCAUGCUUCUACAUGGCUAAAUCUCGAAGACAUGCUAAGCGAAAUAAGUCAGACACAAAAGGACAUAUAUGAUUCCACUUAUUGUAGCUACAUAGAAUAACCACAUAUAUAAUGGAGACAGAAAGCAAAAUGGUCACUACCAGGAUCUAGCAGGAGGAAAGAAUGGGAAGUUAUUGUUUAAUAGUUACAGUGUUUCAGUGUGGGAUGAUGAAAAAGUUCUGGAUUCUACCAGUAGGUGGCUUUUAUUCCUCCUAGGGGGCCCUCCCUGCCUACAUUUUGGCUUUGUCUUCCUUUGCUCAUAAUGUCCUUGUCCCUGCUCCCCACAUGCCUCAUCUGUAGUUCCUAGCACUUUCUUCUUCCCUUGAUUCCAACCCAUUCUCCAAGACCAAGUUGCCACGCCCUGUCUUAGAAAAUCCUUUCUAAUCUCUGUUCCAGUGUGUCCUCCAUUUGGAAAUAGUGCUAAGAAAAUUAAAAGAAUAAAACUGGGCAGGGUCAUGACAAUAGGAUGCAAAGAUGAAUUUUUGGACUGAGUGGCCAAGAAGCUCCACAGUCUAAAGCUUCACAGUCUAAAGCUGGAAGUUUAAUGAACUGUUUUCUACAUUUCACAGGUAAGAAAACUGGGAUACUAGUUGGUGGCAGAGGUGGGUCUGAAACUCAGGCACCAUGAUUCCAGGGCUUCACUACUCUCUGCUUGUGACCAUCAGGCCCGAGAAAGCCAAGCCGCAGGAUUUUGAGGAAUUACUGAGUUAUAGUGGACUAUUUGAUCUUUUAAAUUCUUAAAACUCAGAAAAUCUGCUAUCCUUUAUUGUUGCUUACAUUUUAUAUGUUGAUUGCUCUUCUGUCUGCCUAAAGUUCCCAAAAUGUAGGGACUCCAUUUUGUGCAUAUAUACCCUGUAUGGCCCCCCAGGACCUUGACUGUAUGGGUUCACAAAUGCCACUGGCUGGAUAGAGACAGGGAUUUAAAAGUCUUGGAACACAUGGCACCAGGGUCACUGUCAAAGGCAGGGAGGGAUCUUGAUAUCUCACCUGCCUCCCCCAGGGCAGCCUUCUCCAUGCCCCUCACCCUGCCAUGGGCAAGGCUGGCUUCUGAGUGAGCAGGGCUCAGUUUUGUGUUACAGGCACACAUGGCAUUCAGGGAUGUGGCUGUGGAUUUCACCCAGGAUGAGUGGAGGCUGCUGAGCCCUGCUCAAAGGACUCUGUACAGAGAGGUGAUGCUGGAGAACUACAGCAACCUGGUCUCACUGGGAAUUUCAUUUUCUAAACCAGAACUCAUCACCCAGCUGGAGCAAGGGAAAGAGACCUGGAGAGAGGAGAAAAAAUGUUCACCGGCAACCUGUCCAGCAGAUCCAGAGCCAGAGCUCUACCUCGAUCCUUUCUGCCCUCCGGGUUUCUCCAGUCAGAAAUUCCCCGUGCAGCAUGUGCUGUGUAAUCAUCCCCCCUGGAUCUUCACAUGCUUGUGUGCAGAAGGUAACAUCCAGCCUGGGGAUCCGGGCCCAGGGGACCAGGAGAAGCAGCCACAAGCCUCUGAGGGGAGACCCUGGAGUGAUCAAGCAGAAGGUCCCGAGGGAGAAGGUGCCAUACCUUUGUUUGGAAGAACAAAGAAAAGGACUCUGGGAGCGUUCUCCAGGCCACCCCAGAGGCAGCCAGUCAGCUCUCGGAAUGGCCUCAGAGGGGUGGAGUUAGAAGCCAGCCCAGCUCAGACAGGGAACCCUGAGGAAACGGACAAAUUGUUGAAGAGGAUAGAAGUCUUAGGAUUUGGAACAGUCAACUGUGGAGAGUGUGGACUGAGCUUUAGCAAGAUGACAAACCUGCUCAGUCACCAGCGGAUACACUCAGGGGAGAAGCCCUACGUGUGCGGAGUAUGUGAGAAGGGCUUCAGCCUAAAGAAGAGCCUCGCCAGACACCAGAAGGCACACUCGGGGGAGAAGCCGAUUGUGUGCAGGGAGUGUGGACGAGGCUUUAACCGGAAGUCAACGCUAAUCAUACACGAGCGGACACACUCUGGUGAGAAACCUUACAUGUGCAGUGAGUGUGGGCGAGGCUUCAGCCAGAAGUCAAACCUCAUCAUACACCAGAGGACACACUCGGGGGAAAAGCCUUAUGUGUGCCGGGAAUGCGGCAAAGGCUUCAGCCAGAAGUCAGCUGUCGUGAGACACCAGAGGACACACUUGGAGGAGAAGACCAUCGUGUGCAGUGACUGUGGCCUGGGCUUCAGCGACAGGUCAAACCUCAUCUCCCACCAGAGGACACACUCUGGGGAGAAGCCCUACGCCUGCAAGGAGUGUGGGCGAUGCUUCAGGCAGAGGACCACCCUUGUCAACCACCAGAGGACACACUCAAAGGAGAAGCCCUAUGUGUGCGGGGUGUGUGGGCACAGCUUCAGCCAGAAUUCAACCCUCAUCUCUCACAGGCGGACGCACACUGGGGAGAAGCCGUAUGUGUGUGGCGUGUGUGGGCGAGGCUUUAGUCUCAAGUCACACCUCAACAGACACCAGAACAUACACUCAGGGGAGAAGCCCAUUGUGUGCAAGGACUGUGGCCGGGGCUUCAGCCAGCAAUCCAACCUCAUCAGACACCAGAGGACGCACUCAGGGGAGAAGCCCAUGGUGUGUGGGGAGUGCGGGCGAGGCUUCAGCCAGAAGUCAAACCUUGUUGCACACCAGAGGACGCACUCAGGGGAGAGGCCGUAUGUGUGCCGGGAGUGUGGGCGAGGCUUUAGCCACCAGGCCGGUCUCAUCAGGCACAAGCGCAAGCACUCGAGGGAGAAGCCCUACAUGUGCAGGCAGUGUGGACUGGGCUUUGGCAAUAAGUCAGCUCUAAUCACACACAAGCGGGCUCACCCGGAAGAGAAGCCUUGUGUGUGCAGAGAGUGUGGCCAAGGCUUUCUCCAAAAGUCACACCUCACCUUACAUCAAAUGACACAUAAGGGGGAGAAGCCGUAUGUGUGCAAGACGUGUGGGCAGGGCUUCAGCCUCAAGUCUCACCUCAGCAGACACAGGAAGACCAAGUCUGUCCACCACAGACUGCCACUGCAGCCCGACCCUGAGCCGUGUGCGGGGCACCCUUCCAAUUCCUUAUACUGUCUCUGAAGGCAAAGAUAGGGACAAGGACUAAGAGUCAGAAUGUUGACACUUUGAUGAAAUGGGGUAGAGAAAUGCAUUCUGUAAGUGGUCAAAGGACAUUUGACUGUUUACUUUCUCCACACUAAGUCUUCUCCAUGUUUUGUGGCCUUCGGUUGUAAUAAACUUGGCUUCUUUAUACAUCUGUAA